ACAUGAGCUGCUAAUCACGGGUUGGAGUGGCUCCAUGAGCCGCAGCUGAUGCUCUCUCUCCGUGAGCCUUAAGCUCUUCUGUUCUCCAGUUGGCGGAGCGCCCCACGUGGUUCCAAGUAUAUAAAAAACUUCCAGCAGAGAGUGAGGUGCUUCAGUGUCGUGAUUGCGAGCGAGUGCAGCUUUUCUGUUGGGAGGACAACAUUCUCUCUUUCCUCGCGCACACACACACACACACACAUGCGUACACUCGCAUAGACUAUACACGCAAAUACGCACGUAGCCUACGUAGCGCACAAAGGACAGAGAAGCUGGGAAUUCCUUGCCUUCCUUCAUUCAGACAGAGCACCAGAGACCAGAGACGAGGAGAAGGAGGAGGAGGAGGAGGAGAAACAUCAUCCUCAGAGACCCUGGAAAGUUGCCUCACAACUUUUGCUUCAGAACUUCUUUCUAAAGGAACUUCAGAACCUUUCGUCUAAAGGGACUUACUUCCAUAUAACCUACUAAGCUCACAAGUUACGCACGCUCAACCUGCGCACAGGUCUCUCAAUCAUCUCCACUCUUCCACACGCCGUGAUCAAGGAAGGAAGCUGCAGCUGAUGCCAGGCUUGCUUCCGCGAGCCCCAGCGCGCUUCUUCUCAUGUGUCUCCUCUAUAGCAGCCACGUAGGACCGAGCUCGAGUUCGGAUGCUGGAAGGAGGAGAAGAAGUGAAGAAGCUGCAUCUCACUCUGCUGCGGACCUGCUGCCUCCUCCAUCCUCUUCCUCUAGCAGCGGCGACGCACAGAGCCAUUGGAGCCCCCAGCAUCAAGAUCCCACCUGCUGUCGGUCAGUGAUACACACGCUCCUCCUCUCCAGCAGGAACUAACUAACGUUACUUUGUGGAACUCACUUUUGGAAGAAGUGUGGAAGAAAAAAAAAACAGAUCCUCUCUUUCUCUCUCUUUUUUUUUUUUGAACAUCUCAGCGCGUAAAAAAAUCCUGCUGCUGGAUAUGCAGUAGCCUAUGUGAGUCGUGAGUCGUGAGCGCACGCGCACGCGCAACCAGCACAUCUCCAAAGAACCAAAGCAGCACAAGCCAGCAGCACAGAUCAGCAGAAACAAGCAGAUACAGAACAAAACACAAACAACACAAAGAUGAGUCUAAGCUUGAGUCUAACCGUGCCCGUGGCCUGCGUCCUGCUCUGCCUCGUGAUCUCCAUAAACUGGGCUCAAGCUCAAGCCCAGGAGUCGUGCGCCUCGUGCGGGCUCGGACGUCCGGACGACUCGGACCGGGUGGACACGGACUUCGUAGAGGCCGUCAAGAGGCACAUCCUGAGCCGGCUGCAGAUGCGGCAACGGCCCAACAUCACGCACCCCAUCCCCAAGGCCGCCAUGGUCACGGCGCUCAGGAAGCUCCACGCGGGCAAAGUGCGCGAGGACGGCAGGGUGGAGAUCCCCCACCUGGACGGACAGGCGGCCUACGCCAACGAGGUGCAGGAGGAAACAUCGGAGAUCAUCAGCUUCGCGGAGACAGAUGACUCAACAUUGUCCAAGUCAUCCCUCUUUUUCCUGAUCUCCAACGAGGGGAACCAGAACCUGUACGUGCAGCAGGCCAACCUGUGGCUGUACUUCAAGCUGUUGCCUGGAGGUCCAGAGAAAGGCCUGCGGCGGAAGGUGACGGUGAAGGUGCACUACCAGGAGCCGUCCAGUCAAGGCGGAGGCCGCUGGCCGCUGGUGGAGAAGCGCGUGGAGUUGAAGCGCAGCGGAUGGCAUACCUUUCCUUUGUCUGAGGCGGUGCGGGCAGUGCUGGGGAAGGGAGGCCGGAGGCAGGACCUGGAUGUGCGGUGUGAAGGUUGUGAGGCGGCCAGUGUGGUUCCCAUUCUGGUGGACCCCGCCGACCCCUCGCACCGGCCGUUCCUGGUGGUGCGCGCCCGACAGGCUGACGGCAAGCACCGCAUCCGCAAGCGAGGCCUGGAGUGUGACGGAAGCAACGGCGGCCUGUGCUGCAGGCAGCAGUUCUACAUCGACUUCCGCCUCAUUGGUUGGAACGACUGGAUCAUCGCUCCCGCCGGCUACUACGGGAACUACUGCGAGGGCAGCUGUCCUGCCUACAUGGCCGGCGUGCCCGGCUCGGCCUCGUCCUUCCACACGGCCGUGGUAAACCAGUAUCGCAUGAGGGGAAUGAGCCCAGGCUCGGUGAACUCCUGCUGCAUCCCCACAAAACUCAGCACCAUGUCCAUGCUCUACUUCGACGAUGAGUACAACAUCGUCAAGCGCGACGUCCCGAACAUGAUCGUGGAGGAAUGUGGCUGUGCCUGAGGGAGCGCAGUGAAGUGUAGACUUUGCGCUGCAUCAAAGAACAUUACAAAACAGCGACAGACAUAUUUAUGGUCCGUGUGUACCACAUGCAUAUAAAUAUGUGUUAUUAUAUGUACACUCAGAACAAGUACAAUCACGCACCAGAGUGUGUGCAUGAAGCAGUGGGUGGUUCGUCAGAUACGUGACGGAGGAGCCAUUCGGUCCUAUCUUACGAACACAAAGGCAAAAGGCAUUGGAAUGAGAAGGGAAAAGUUAUCACCAAAAGUUUGCUUUUUUCUAGUUUGCCAUUUCUAGACUUAAAAAAAAUGGCAUGUGCCCUCUCCCGUCCUCUCCGACUGCGAGGGAAGAGAGGGACAUGUCUGACUUUACCUGUGCAAAACAGGUAAUCAGCUGGUUUUGCCCAUUGGUAUGAGUACUUAGCAACAACCAUUCCAGGACUGGUGAAAAAAAAAAGCACUGACAUAUCAAAUGUCCUACACACUUCAGAACAUCAGCACUUCUACAGCAUUUCAAAGACUUUUCAGUGACCAAUCAUCCCACUGGACAACUUCAGUGACCGUGGAUGACGGUGUCACCUCACAUGAUCCUCAAGGCAUCCUCACUGCCAUGGCUGAAAUGACGUGCGGCACUGUUACAUAUCAAUCGGGUAGGCUGAAUGCUAAACUGCAAGUGGCCUCUUGGAUGACGCCUGAAUCGGCACGCGUGAAAACUGUUUGUCUCGCCCCGCUGACGCGCACAUGUCCACGCUGCAGACUGCUGAACCAAGGGAGGGAGGUCUAACAGGUGAAGUACGAUGUUCUAACUCUCUGGCUGUGAACUUCAGUGGCUCAUAAAUGCUGUCAGCACCAUGUGCUCUGUGGAGGCGUCAUCGUACUGACCAGCUGGCAGCACAGCACUUGCGAAAGCGCUCGAAAUGCACAAUUCAAAAGCACUUGCGUAUCGAAAUGCCUUCAAAAGGGUUCUCGAGAGGUGCGCCUACCCACACUCCUAGUCCUAUUAAAAUAUAAAGUGCCGCAUGAGCUAUGCAAUGUAUAGAAAUUGUGAUCCGUGUCAGACUGAGCGUUUUUUCCGUCUUUGUCUUUUGCUAAUCUUUAACUCUGUAUCAAUACUUGAAAUGUGAUCUUUCGCUUGCUUUCCAAAGCGGGUGAUUGUUUUUAAAAAAAAAACAUUUGCACUGAAAAGUUGCGGAAUUCAUUAAGAGAACGAGAAAUGAGAAAAAGACAAAAAACUGCCAUUGAGAAAAAAAUAUAAACCUUAUUUUUAUAGUAGUACACAGAAAUUUGUGAAAGAUGUAUGAACCUAAUAAUGGAACCAAAGAGGCCAAUAUUUUAGCUAUUAUAAUACGGUGGCAAGGCCAUUAAAAUAUGUGUAAAAUAAUUGUUGAUCCUUUUCAAGAGGCCUAAUCACUGUAUCAGGGUACAACGACAUGGAUUCCAUUUUAGCUCAUGUUUCUUUAUUUGUUUUUAUUUUAUUUUUUGUGUGUAUGUUUUUUUUACUUUGUACAGCAAACAUACAGAACAGACUUUUCACCUUUAAUUUCUUGGUUUUCUAUUUAAUAAAACUUAUUUCUAGCUUAUUAGUUCAACAUGUCAUCUCUGUACAGUUUAUGUAAAAAUAAAAAUAUGCUUUCUUAAAUAUUUUGUAACUUUAAAAUAAAUUCUUACUCUGCAUCAUA